GGUGGGGGUGGGGUUGGGGUGGACAGUCCGCGGAAGGCGGCCGCUGUUACUGCUGCUGUUGGGGAGGGAGGGAAGAAGACGGGCGUUGAGAGCCCGCGGAGGGCGGAGCCUGAGCGGGGGCGGAAGAACGGGGGCGGGCAUCGGCGCGGCGUGAGCGUCGGGAGCGGCGUGAUACAGGAAUCCGACUCGUCUGCGUCCGCGGGUAUCGGCACAGGCAAGACUGCGCCGAUCGCGAUCCCUGCGUCUUCAGCCUCCCUCGCCGCCGCCGCCGCCGCCCUCGCCUCAAACUCGAACUCGAAUCCGGCAUCGGGCACGUCCUCGCCUUCAUCAGCACGCAUCCGCUACCGCGAGCAGGGCGUCGACGAGCUGCUGCAGCUCAAGCUGCACCAGGCCCUAGCCGCCCAAGGCGACACGCCUCCCCCGCCCGGAUCGACGAUUGUGCUUGCGACGGGAGAUGGGAAUGCCGGGCAGUUUAAUGAGGAUGGGUUUAGGGGGUGUGUAAGGUUGGCGCUGAGGCGGAAGUGGAAGGUGGAGCUGCACGCGUGGGAGGGCGGGACGAGCCGGAGCUGGGCGAGGGAGUUUGGAAGGGAGGCGGGGUUUAGUAUUGAGAAGAUGGACCGGUUCGCGACGGAUUUGAUCGUCGCUUGA